AUGGAUGUUAAAAAAGCUGAAAGAGCCUUGUCUAUUAAAGCUAAUAUUUUAAAAAGAACACUUAAAGAUUAUGAAUAUUAUUUAAAAGAAAUUUCAUCUUCAGAAAAAUAUAUUGAAAAUCUUAAAGCUAAAGAAGAUACUGACCCUUAUGAUAUUAAAAAAGCAACUGAAGUUCUUCAGGAAAACCAUGUUAUGACACAAAAUGCCUUAGAUCGUAUUGAUUCAUCAAAACUAAAUUUAUUAGAAGAGUUAAAAGAGUUUGAAUCAAUUUACCAACCAGAAGAUGACGACACCGAAAGUUCUGCACGCCAACUUAUUAAUCAAGUUAAAGAAUAUUUAGAAAAAGCUGACAGUUUUAAAAAGUAA